CUUCUUCUAGUUGGCCUGCAUGCUGAGCAUUUGACCUCACCUCACCUCUCUUUUCUCCAUUGUCAACCCUCUUACACUUAUAAUUCAUAACAACCUUAGUCGAGGAUCCAGAAAGUCAUGUCAUCGGAUCAACAUCGACCUGUGCUACCCACGGUCAACUACCCAUCCUUUCUGAAAUCCACCCGACCGUACCCUUCGUGGCAUAAAGCUGUCCAUCAUACCUAUGUAUUCAUUUUCUUCGUUUUGGUAGUAGUGCUCCCCAUUCUUCAUGCGCUACUUCGAAGCCAUCGACCAUCGUCUUCGGAACUAUGGACUAUCUUUGGUACUUUAUUAGGUGUCUACAUUCUAUACAGAUGCUGGUUGUAUUUUGUGUAUCAAGGGGGUUAUGAUCCGACACCGGCUUUUAUGAAAUCCCAGACGCGCACUGUCUCGAAUUCUGCGUCUGCCCAAAAUCCAAACGUGCCGAAUCGCUAUCCUACCUUAGCUUCCUUACGACGAGAUCACAUAGCUGCUUUCAUGCCGUCCACUUAUCCCUCUUCAGCACCAACGCCACCUUCCGGUCUGCCAUCCAGUCCCCCUCCACUCUAUCAAAACGCUUUGCGUGAUACCCCUGUUCCAGAGUACUCUCAACAUCCAACCAAUUAAUCUUGAUUUGAAAAGCUGAUGGUGGAGAGCAACUGUAAUUGUCACUUUCUUCAUUUUUCAUUUCUCCAUUUUCAUGUAGUAUUACUAUAAUACCGUUAUAAUUUGCACUUGCCGGUCAAGUAAAAUGUAUUUCCAGCUGCAACUUGAACACCAAGCUAUUAGUUAUGUGUGUGUG